CAAACACACCAGACUGGGAGAGCUGCAGGAGUUCUCAUUUUAAACCUAAAUAACUGCGAGUCAGCCAUGAAUUAUCAACAGCAGAUUGAUAACAUUGUAUCCACUGCAAAAUUUGGAGACUUGAUUGAGUUUUCCUACCCACUCGGAUAUUCGCACUGGGCCAUCUAUGAUGACGAUGGACAUGUAAUCCAUUUUGCGGUUGCAGAUGAGAAGCAACUAAUGACAACUGUUCGUACUUAUCUGCAAAAAAUCGUGCCAGUAUGUGGGGACCUUCUCCUUGGAGAAACCAAGAUUCGCAGAGUCCCUGUUGGUGAGGUCAAUGUCCCACAUGGAGCCCAUGCGUUGGUCAGUAACAAUCGCCAUGCCUUCACACCUUCAGCACCUGAGGAUAUGAGGCUACGCCGUGACGCCCUUCUCAAUCAAUCCCUUCCAUAUAACCUUUUUACUCUAAACUGCGAGCACUUUGCCACGUUCAUACGCUACGGGAAAGCUGUGUGCAACCAGAUCCCUGCAAAACCCAAGAAUGAAGAGUGCACAGGAGCAACUACAGUUUUCAAAGACAUUGUCAACUCAAAGCAAACUGAUUAGAAACCUUUUCAUUUCUACAUAUAUGAACUUGUGCGGUGCCUCGGUUUGGUCUUUCUGAGUCACAUCACCGUAAAUAUCCAACAUGUUCUCUUUGUCUGGCCCUCUAUAGAGCUUAGCCUGGUUAUUUUUUUAUGAAGCCACUUAUGGGAUUGGCAGUAUGUACAGCAAGGUUUAAACUUACUUGUUUUUUGCCCUUAUUUAUUCAUUUGCAAAUGCUUAGUUGAAACCGAUAAAUAUUUUUUCUCA